GGGUUAUAUGUAUAGGAAAUUAGAGUACACGAAGUCACAAACUUUUCUGCCUAAGUGUUUCCGAGAGAGUGUUUCGAGAUGCUGCCCCUUCGAUCGAGAUCUGUCACCCUCUCUUGCGUAAAUGUCACCGAUCUAUUUUAGAUUUUCGGCUGAGUAAAGCAAAGUACGUCAACGGUUCAGCAUUCAGGACAGACCAGGGUGCAAGUCUAAAUCGAAAACCAACAGCAGGGGACUGGGGGAUAAGUCCCAGCUAGUGACUUUCACUAACUUGUGUCCGAUCUUUCGAAAUUUGUUUUUGGACAAGUAUUUGGAAUUACAAUCAUAUGUACCGGGCUGCUUGGCUUCCGUUUUGGUUUUUUAUAUUCGUGAUUUCCAGAGUUUUUAAACAAGGUCGACGAUGGAUUUUGGCGGAGCCCCCCGGUUUUUAAGCCGGCCCAGGACCUUCGCGGUGACCGCCGGCAAGGACGCGACGCUGGCCUGCCGGAUCAUCGGCAACCCGGCGCCGCUGAUCAUCUGGGAGAAGGGCAACAAGCCCAUCAGGCCUGAGGGCAGGUUCAGGACGGCGGAGGACGGCGACCUGUACAAGUUGACCAUCUGCGAGCUGUGCAGCGACGACAGUGGCCAAUACAUCUGCCGUGCCAACAACCCAGUAGGGGAAGCGUACGCGGCGGUCACCCUUCAGGUGGGAGCCCGGCCGCAAGCCGCCAGCUCCAGCAGUGCGCCUCACUUCGUGCUGAAGCCCAGCUCGCUGCGCAUCUGCCUGGGAGACGACGCCAGCUUCUGCUGCCAAGUGCAAGGCAGCCCGUUGCCCACCGUCCACUGGGAGAAAGAGGGCAAGGCCUUGGGCGACGACACCAACAACCGGUACGUGGUGGAGGCGGCGGGCGGUUCCCUUAGGAUCUGCUGCGUCGGGUUUUCCGACGGCGGCACCUUCACCUGCACGGGUCGCAACGAUUUGGGUGAGUGUCAGGCGGUGGCCGCCCUGGUCGUCCUCUCACCUGCUGAAGGUCCGCAGAGGCGGGAACAGCUUCGGGCGUCGGAUUCCUCCUCCUCCUCCGCCACCACUAUCGCCGCUGCCUCGUCCAUCUUGUCUUCACCCAUCGACGGCCGGCCCCCGCCGCGAGACUAUGAAAAGGCGGGAGGCCCGAGCCACGCGCGCACGGGCUGGGCUCCGGCUUCGACUCCGACUCCGCACGCGGCCGCGACCGUUGCCCGGGCCCGCACCUGCACCGUCACCGAGGGCAAGCACGCCAAGCUGAGCUGCCAAGUGACGGGCAAACCCCGGCCCGAAAUCAUCUGGAAAAAAGACGGGGAGAUCAUCAGCCCGGGCCGCAGGCAUGUCAUCUUCGACGACGACGAGGACAACUUCGUGCUGAGGAUCCUCUUCUGCAAGCAGAGCGACAACGGGUGCUACACCUGCACCGCCUCCAACUUGGCCGGGCAGAACUACAGUUCGGUGCUGGUCAUCGUCAAAGAACCAAAGGUAUCCUUUAAAACUAAACUGAAAGAUGUUGAAGUUGCAGAGAAGGAAACAGCAACCCUCCAGUGUGAAGUUCCAAUUCCUGCCAUACAGGCCAGUUGGUUCUUGGAGGAAACCGAGAUAACUGAAAGCACUAAAUAUAACAUAGAAGAGGAAGGCACACUUAGAAGACUUACAAUCAAAAAUGUAACCACUGAUGAUGAUGGUGUCUAUAUCUGUGAAAUGAAAGAAGGCAGCAGAACAGUUGGCGAGUUGUCAGUAAAAGGUAAUAUUGUUAAAAAACUUCCAAGGAAAACUACAGUGCCAGAAAGUGACACGGCCAUUUUUUACGUGGAAUUGGGCAGUGGCUGUAAAAACAUCAGGUGGACAAAGAAUGGAGAAGUCAUAAAACCAAAUGAUAGAACAACCAUCACUCUAUCCGGCACUCGGCAUUCACUAACUAUUCGUGAGUGUAAAUGGGAGGACGCUGGCAAAAUAGCACUUUUGGCCGAUGACUCUAGAACAUCAACACAAUUCAUAAUAACAUCUCCCCGGAAAGUUCCACCACAUCCCCCAGUCAACCCUGUUGUUAAAGAAAAAACGGAAACAUCUGUUACUUUGGUUUGGUCACUGCCUCAAGAUGUACCACCUGCCCCUGUGACUGGGUACAUCGUAGAAAGAAAGAAAAUAGAAAGCAGUACCUGGACAAGGUGUCAUACUUCAGAAAAGAUAGAGGCACAAGAGUUCACAGUAAGGGGCUUGCCAGAAGGAGCUAUUUAUCAGUUCAGAAUUAGUUCUGUAAACAACUUUACUCAGAGUGAAUACUUAACAAUCCCAGGAACCUUUUCCAUUGAACCUAGAAUUUCCAUUGAGAAACCACUGCAAAAUGUUGAAGCACCAGCUGGUGAUGAUGCUACUUUCAACAUUGAAUUAUCUUCUGUUGCUCCGGGAACAUGGUUCAUGAAAGGAAAAGCUGUACAAAACUGUGAUAAUUACAAAAUAGAGAGAACAAAAAAUGUGCACACAUUAAUUAUUAAACAAGUGAGGUCUUUGGACAAUGAAGCAGAAGUGAAGUUUAUAGCUCGCAACGCUGAAAGCACUGCUAAAUUAAGAGUGAAAGAUGCAGCUGUCAAAUUCACGAACAAGCCAAUAACUCCACAUGAAGUUAUAGCAAUAGCCUCAGAAUGUCUGGAAUUGUCUUGUGAGGUAUUACAAGUUAAUGCUGUGGUUACAUGGAGAAAGGAUCAAAAAGAGGUUAAGCAGGACCAGAGGAUAAACAUCAUCUCUCAGGGAACACUACGCAAACUUGUCAUCAAAAAAGUGCAGCAGAGCGACCAAGGAGAUUACACCUGCAUGUCUCAUGAUGACAGUCUAACAUUCCAAGUUAAGAUCAGAGAACCAGCUGCAACUAUCUUGAAGAAGUCCACAACACAAAUGGAGUACUCAGCAAUUGUGGGAGAAAAGGUAGUCCUUGUUUGUGAAGUAUCACUGAGUACUGUAGAAGGGACAUGGUAUAGAAAAGGACAGAAAGUAAAACUGAACAAAGCUGUAAAUGCUGAAUCAGAAGGCACCACACGAAGACUGGUGCUUCAUAAUGCAAAGUCUGCAGAUUCCGGGGCUUAUGUAUUUAAAACCAAAGAGGAUGAGAUCACCAUAAAUGUUACUGUCAAAGAGCCAGAACCAGCAUUUAUCAAUAAAGAAUCAAUUCAGAAGGAAGUGAAGGUUCAAGCAGCAGAGAAUGCUGUUCUCAGCUGCGAAGUGUCACAACUCAAAACUGAGGUCAAAUGGUACAAAAAUGGAAAAAAUCUUAGUUCUAAUGAGAAAAUCAAACUUAUUUCUGAAGGUAGAAUUCGAAAACUAAUUAUUCAGAAUGCAGAGCCAAAUGAUGAAGGCCAUUAUAUUUGUGAAACAGCUGGAGAGAAAUUGAGUUUCCAUGUUGUGGUUACAGAACUAAAAACAGGAUUUUGCAAUAAAGAUUUAAUUCAGAGAAAAGUGAGGGUUCGCCAGUCAGAGAAUGCUACGCUCAGCUGUGAAGUGUUACAAUCCAGAACAGAGGUAAAAUGGCUCAGAGGAGGAAAACUACUCAGUCAGAAUAAAAAAAUGAAACUUGAAUCAGAGGGUUCAUUUCGAAGGCUUAUCAUUCAUAAUGUGGAAUCGAAAGAUGGAGGUGAAUACGUAUGUGAAGCAGGCAAGGAAAGACUGACCUUCAAUGUUCAGGUUACAGAAAUAGAAACAGGAUUUGCAAAUAAAGAUCUAGUUCAGAAGGAGAUAAAGGUCCGACAGUCAGAGAAUGCCACUCUCAGCUGUGAAAUGUCACAGUCCAAAACUGAGGUCAAAUGGUUCAAAGAUGGAAGACUGCUCACCCAGAGUAAAAGAAUGAAACUAGAAUCUGAUGGUAAAAUUCGAAAGUUUGUCAUUCAUAACAUUGAAUCAAAAGAUGGAGGUGAAUACAUAUGUGAAGCAGCGGGAGAGAAACUGAGCUUUAAUGUUCAGGUUACAGAAAUAGAAGCCGGAUUUGCAAAUAAAGAUCUGGUUCAGAAGGAGAUAAAGGUCCGACAGUCAGAGAAUGCCACUCUCAGCUGUGAAAUGUCACAGUCCAAAACUGAGGUCAAAUGGUUCAAAGAUGGAAGACUGCUCACCCAGAGUAAAAGAAUGAAACUAGAAUCUGAUGGUAAAAUUCGAAAGUUUGUCAUUCAUAACAUUGAAUCAAAAGAUGGAGGUGAAUACAUAUGUGAAGCAGCGGGAGAGAAACUGAGCUUUAAUGUUCAGGUUACAGAAAUAGAAGCCGGAUUUGCAAAUAAAGAUCUGGUUCAGAAGGAGAUAAAGGUCCGACAGUCAGAGAAUGCCACUCUCAGCUGUGAAAUGUCACAGUCCAAAACUGAGGUCAAAUGGUUCAAAGAUGGAAGACUGCUCACCCAGAGUAAAAGAAUGAAACUAGAAUCUGAUGGUAAAAUUCGAAAGUUUGUCAUUCAUAACAUUGAAUCAAAAGAUGGAGGUGAAUACAUAUGUGAAGCAGCGGGAGAGAAACUGAGCUUUAAUGUUCAGGUUACAGAAAUAGAAGCCGGAUUUGCAAAUAAAGAUCUGGUUCAGAAGGAGAUAAAGGUCCGACAGUCAGAGAAUGCCACUCUCAGCUGUGAAAUGUCACAGUCCAAAACUGAGGUCAAAUGGUUCAAAGAUGGAAGACUGCUCACCCAGAGUAAAAGAAUGAAACUAGAAUCUGAUGGUAAAAUUCGAAAGUUUGUCAUUCAUAACAUUGAAUCAAAAGAUGGAGGUGAAUACAUAUGUGAAGCAGCGGGAGAGAAACUGAGCUUUAAUGUUCAGGUUACAGAAAUAGAAGCCGGAUUUGCAAAUAAAGAUCUGGUUCAGAAAGAGAUAAAGGUCCGACAGUCAGAGAAUGCCACUCUCAGCUGUGAAAUGUCACAGUCCAAAACUGAGGUCAAAUGGUUCAAAGAUGGAAUGCUGCUCAGUCAGAGUAAAAAAAUGAAACUGGAAUCUGAUGGUAAUAUUCGAAAGCUUGUCAUUCAUAACAUUGAAUCAAAAGAUGGAGGUGAAUACAUAUGUGAAGCAGCAGGACAGAAACUGAACUUUAAUGUUCAGGUUACAGAAUUAGAAACAGGAUUUGCAAAUAAAGAUCUAGUUCAGAAGGAGAUAAAGGUCCAACAGUCAGAGAAUGUCACUCUCAGCUGUGAAAUGUCGCAGUCCAAAACUGAGGUCAAAUGGUUGAAAGAUGGAAGGCUGCUCACUCAGAGUAAAAAAAUGAAACUUGAAUCUGAUGGUAAAAUUCGUAAGCUUGUGAUUCAUAACAUUGAAUCAAAAGAUGGAGGUGAAUACAUAUGUGAAGCAGCGGGAGAGAAACUGAGCUUUAAUGUUCAGGUUACAGAGCCUCAACCAACAUUUACCAAUAAAGCAUCAGUUCAGAAGGAGAUAAUGGUUCAAGCAUCAGAGAAUGCUGUUCUCAAUUGUGAAGUGUCGCAACGCAAAGCUGAAGUCAAAUGGUCCAUAAAUGGAAAAGUUGUCACUCUUAGCCCAAGAAUUAAACUUGUUUCUGAAGGAACAGUUCGAAAACUUAUUAUUCAGGAUGCCGAGUUGAAGGACACAGGCAAUUAUAUCUGUGAAAUAGCUGGAGAGAAAUUGACUUUCCAUGUUAAGGUUAAAGAGUUACCUUUCGUGUUCACAAAGAAGCUACAAAAUUUAAAUGUGCUGUGCAGUACCACAGCUGUAUUUACAUGUGAAUUAAAUCAACCAAAGGCUGAUGUUUUGUGGCGGCGAAAUGGAGCAGAAAUUAACCCAAGCCUCAGAUUAAAAAUACAGGCAGAUGGUCUGAGGCGAAGUUUAACCAUUUCCAAAGUAACUGUUGAGGAUGAGGGAGAAUAUCUCUGUGAAUCAAAAGACGAUAUUACCACUGCUAAAUUAACAACCAAGGUUCCAAAGAUUAUUAAGUUUGCAAGUGAACUUCGCAAUAUAGUGGCCGUGGAAGGAGAAGAUGCUGACUUUAAGUGUAGCGUCUCUCACAAAGAUGCUACAGUUACUUGGUAUAACAAUGGCAUCAAAAUUGAGCCAAAUGAAAAGUACAUAAUAUCAUGUGAAAGAACAAACCACAGUUUGACCAUCAAAAACCUAAUAAUACAGGAUACAUGUGAAAUUUCUGCACAGGCUGAAAAUGUAAAAACAGCAGCCAGCCUUCAAGUUCAAGAAGCUCCAGCUUUGUUUAAGAAGAAAUUGGAAAACAUAACUGUUGAAGAAAAACAGACAGCCAAAUUGGAAGUAGAACUCACAAAACUUUGUGGUGAUGUCAAAUGGAUGAAAAACAAUAUAAUCAUUCAGCCUGAUGAAAGAAUUGACAUUAAGGUGGAUGGAAACAGGCAGAUACUUACUAUUAAAAAUGUGAGCUUAGCUGACCGUGGAAAUUACACUUGUGAAACACUUCAUGAAAAGACAAAAGCAAGGUUAACUGUUGAAAUGAGAAAAAUUAACCUGAUCAAAGGAUUGGAAGAGUUGAAGAUACACGAGAAAGAAACUUGCACUUUUGAAGUUGAGCUUUCCCAUGAAGAAGUGGAAGUAACCUGGUUGAAGGAUAAUGUCAGACUCAAAUCAGGUCCCAACUGCAAGAUUACUACCUUGGGCAAAAAGCAUGCCCUGACAUUGUCUGCUUUGAGAAUUGAGGAUUCAGGACUGAUUAGCUUCAAAGCUGAAAGUAUACAUACAUCUGGAAGACUCAAUGUAACAGAACCUCCAGCAACUUUUGUUAAACCGUUAGAGGAUAUCAAAGUUCCAGAGAAAGAUAAAAUUGUCUUGGAAUGUGAGCUGUCAAGAGCCAACGCAGAAGUUAAAUGGUUCAAGAAUAAUAUUGAGAUUAAACCAGGGAAAGGAUAUAGCAUUAUAUCUAAAGGAAGGAAGAGGAGUCUUAUCAUUUAUCAAUGUGGACAUGAACAUCAAGCACAAUACACAUGUGAUGCAGUGGAUAGCAAGUCAUCAGCCAUGCUUACUGUCCAUGCUCGUGAUAUCAAAGUAGUCCAGCCUCUGGAAGACCUUGAAGUGAUUGAAAAGGAGAAUGCCACCUUCUUAUGCGAAAUUUCACAUGAUGAAGUUCAUAUUCAAUGGUUUAAGAAUGAUGUGAAAAUCAGGGCUGGGGAAAACGUGAAGUUUCGUCAGGAAGGAAGGAAACAUAUUCUAAUCUUUAAAUCCAUAAAACCUGAAGAUGCUGCAGUGAUCAAGUUUGUUGCUGAAACUGCUACUAGUCAAGCUUUCCUUCGAAUUAAAGAAUUGCCAGUUACAAUUGUGAAACCCUUGAGAGAGAAAAUUGGCAUGGAGAAGCACCGUGUCUUUUUUGAAUGCAAGGUUUCCAGACGAAAUGCUGUGGUCAAAUGGUAUAAUAAUGGAAAGGAGAUUCAUCCCUCUGAAAAGUAUGAGAUUGUGAGUGAAGAUUUGUACAGGAAGCUCGUAAUAAAUAAUAUUGCUUUUGAAGAUGAAGGCAACUACAUGUGUGACGCAGGAGAUGACAAAAGCACAGCAAUGUUAUACGUUGAAGAUCAAUCAAUUACCAUCAUUAAGCCGAUAUCUGAUGUGGAAGUGACAGAGCCAAAUGACGCCAGCCUCGAAUGCGAGAUUUCAGUUGCUGAUGUGAAACCUCCAAAAUGGUUACUAAAUGGUGAAGUUCUUCAUCCUUCUGAAAUUGUGGACAUUGAGCAUUGUGGUACUAUUCAUCGUCUAAUUCUUAAAAAUACACAUUGCAAGAUGACUGGCAUUGUACAGUUUACUGCUGGGAAAUCGAAAUCUGAAGCAAGGCUAACCAUUAAAGAGCCUCCAUCAAAGGUAGUGAGAGAACUACAGAACAUUACAGUGGAAGAGAAGAAGUCUAUUACUUUGAGCUGUGAGUUCACACCUACUCCCAAGGUAGUCAGAUGGUACAAAGACCUGAGCUUAAUUGAAUCUUCUGAUCGAUUCAAAUUCAUGCAAACUCAGAAUGUGACAGAGCUUAUGAUUUCAAAUCUCAUCCCUGAAGAUUCUGGUGAAUAUCGUUGCAAAUCUAGUAAUGCACAGACCACAGCCACACUCACAGUUGAAGCUUUGAAAAUAGAAAUAACAAAACAUUUGGAAGAUGUAGAUACUGAGGAGGAAAGCAAUCUUGUAUAUUCAUGUGAGCUGUCCCAUGAUAUUGAUGAAGUACAGUGGUAUCUAAAUGAUGCCCCCUUGCUCUCGAAUAAUUUCAAUGAGAUAAAGAAGAAAGGAAAGAGACACACAUUAAUUCUGAAAGGAGUAACGCUUGAAGACACAGGAACAGUUAUGUUUAAAGUGAGAAAUGUGACAGAAACAGCACAGCUGAAUGUACGAGAAAAGCCCGUGGUCUUCAUGAAACCAUUGGAUGACAUUAAUGGGGAAGAGAGAGGAAUGAUUACACUGGAGUGUGAAGUAUCUAACACUAAGGUCAAUCCCAUCUGGAAAAAAGAUGACGUAGUUCUUGGUUCAAGUGACAAAUAUGAACUACUGCAGGCUGGAAAAACACUUUGUCUUAUAGUACAUGACUUGAAUAAAAGUGACGCUGGAGUGUACACUUGUGACAUAGGCAGUGAUAAAGCUAGUGCUAAAGUCACCAUACAAGAGCUAAACAUUGGUAUCACAAAACGGCUAAAGAGCUCAGAGAUUAAAGAAGGAGAAAGUGGAUCUUUUGAAUGCAUACUUUCUCAUGAAAGUAUUGAUGAAUAUUACUGGACGGUAAAUGGACUGUUAGUGAAAGGCAAUGAACGAUUUGAGACAUUUAAUAUUGGUCGAAAAUAUUUACUUAGCAUUAAGGACACCAUUCUGCAGGAUGCAGGCGAAGUUGUUUUCUAUGUACGAAAUCUCAAGUCAAAGGCUUCUUUGAUGGUCAAAGAAAAAACAACAGAAAUCAUAAAGAAACUUGAGGACAAGGUGGCAAUAGCAGGUGAAGAGAUUGUACUGUCCUGUGAAUCGUCAAAGCCUGAUUCUUCAUUGAAGUGGUUUAAGGAUGGCAAAGUAAUUAGAAAGAGCACUAAGUAUGAAGUAUCUCAGCAUGGAAUUGUAAACCAAUUGACAAUCCGUCAAGCCACUACAAAAGAUUCUGGAGAAUACGAAUGCAGAGCAGAGAAUUCUAAAACUAAAGCUACUGUCACUGUAAAAGAACUAGUAAAUCGAUUUACCAAAGAAUUACAUGACAUUAAAACUGAAGAGAAUGGAUUCGUAAUUUUUGAGUGUGAAACUGAGCAGCCAGCAGACAAGACUGUCUGGAGAAAAGGAAUGGCAGAAAUAAAGCCAAGCAAGAAGUAUGAGAUGAAACGGGAAGGCAGUUUACUAAGCCUUAAAAUUAAUCAGCUUGAGAAAAAUGAUAGUGACCACUACACGUGUGACAUUGGUAACGCACAGUCAAGAGCUCUGCUGUCGGUUGCAGGUCAGAAAGUUCGAAUGGUUGAAGAUGUUGAAGAUGUUGAAGUCUUUGAAGGAGAACUGGCAACAUUUACAUGCCGGAUAUCACCAUCAGAUUAUACUAAUGUACAGUGGUCCUUGGACAAAACACCUCUCCAUACCAAUGACGUGAAUGAAAUCAAAGCACUGGAGAAUGGCUAUCAUACUUUAACUGUUAAAAAACUUUCAGUCAAAGAUUCUGGUAAUAUAACAUUUGAUGCUGGAGAUAAGAAAACUUCUGCUGUCCUUACAGUGAAAGCUUUGCCUGUGCUUUUCAAGCAAGAGCUUCAGAAUGUAGAAGCUGAAGUGGAUAGUACUGCCACAUUGCACUGCGCAAUUACAAAACCUGCUCAAGUAGAAUGGAAAAAAGGAUCUAUGGCACUCCGCCCAACUGAAAAAUAUGAAAUGAAACAGCAAGGUGCCAUCACUGAAUUAUUAAUUCACAAUCUGCAAAUAGAAGAUGCUGGAACAUAUAGCUGUGAUUCUGGAGAUCAACAGACUAGCGCUUGCUUAAAAGUGAAGGCUUUGCCUGUGCUUUUCAAACAAGUGCUUCAGAAUGAAGAAGCUGAAGAGAAUGGUACUGCCACGUUGCGCUGUGCGAUUACAAAACCUGGUUCUCUAGUAAAAUGGAAAAAAGGAUCUAUGGCACUCCACCCAACUGAAAAGUAUGAAAUGAAACAGCAAGGUGCCAUCACAGAAUUAUUAAUUCAUAACCUGAAAAUAGAAGAUGCAGGAACAUAUAGCUGUGAUUCUGGAGAUCAACAGACUAGCGCUUGCUUAAAAGUAAAGGCUUUGCCCGUGCUUUUUAAACAAGAGCUUCAGAAUGUAGAAGCUGAAGAGAAUUGUACUGCUAAAUUGCACUGCGCGAUUACAAAACAUGGUGCGCAUGUAGAAUGGAAAAAAGGAUCUAUGGCACUCCACCCAACUGAGAAAUAUGAAAUGAAACAGCAAGGUGCCAUCACUGAAUUAUUAAUUCAUAAUCUGCAAAUAGAAGAUGCUGGAACAUAUAGCUGUGAUUCUGGAGAUCAACAGACUAGCGCUUGCUUAAAAGUGAAGGCUUUGCCUGUGCUUUUCAAACAAGAGCUUCAGAAUGUAGAAGCUGAAGAGGAUGGUACUGCCACAUUGCGCUGUGCGAUUACAAAACCUGGUGCGCGAGUAGAAUGGAAAAAAGGAUCUAUGGCACUCCACCGAACUGAAAAGUAUGAAAUGAAACAGCAAGGUGCCAUCACUGAAUUAUUAAUUCACAAUCUGCAAAUAGAAGAUGCUGGAACAUAUAGCUGUGAUUCUGGAGAUCAACAGAGCAGCGCUUGCUUAAAAGUGAAGGCUUUGCCUGUGCUUUUCAAACAAGAGCUUCAGAAUGUAGAAGCUGAAGAGGAUGGCACUGCCACAUUGCACUGCGCAAUUACAAAACCUGGUGCUCUUGUAGAAUGGAAAAAAGGAUCUAUGGCACUCCACCCAACUGAAAAGUAUGAAAUGAAACAGCAAGGUGCCAUCACUGAAUUAUUAAUUCACAAUCUGCAAAUAGAAGAUACUGGAACAUAUAGCUGUGAUUCUGGAGAUCAACAGACCAGUGCUUGCUUAAAAGUGAAGGCUUUACCUGUGCUUUUCAAACAAGAGCUUCAGAAUGUAGAAGCUGAAGAGGAUGGUACUGCCAACUUGCGCUGUGCGAUUACAAAACCUGGUGCACGAGUAGAAUGGAAAAAAGGAUCUAUGGCACUCCACCCAACUGAAAAGUAUGAAAUGAAACAGCUAGGUGCCAUCACUGAAUUAUUAAUUUAUAAUCUGCAAAAAGAAGAUGCUGGAACAUAUAGCUGUGAUUCUGGAGAUCAACAGACCAGCGCUUGCUUAAAAGUGAAGGCCUUGCCUGUGCUUUUCAAACAAGAGCUUCAGAAUGUAGAAGCUGAAGAGGAUGGUACUGCCACAUUGCGCUGCGCAAUUACAAAACCUGGUGUUCUUGUAGAAUGGAAAAAAGGAUCUAUGGCACUCCACCCAACUGAAAAGUAUGAAAUGAAACAGCAAGGUGCCAUCACUGAAUUAUUAAUUCACAAUCUGCAAAUAGAAGAUGCUGGAACAUAUAGCUGUGAUUCUGGAGAUCAACAGACCAGCGCUUGCUUAAAAGUGAAGGCUGUGCCUGUGAUCUUCAAGCAGAAACUUAAGGAUGAAAAAGCUCAAGAAGAUGAAACUGCCACAUUGCGUUGUGAAAUUAGCAUACCAGAAGCAGUGGUACAAUGGAAGAAAGGAUCAACUCCGCUUCAUCCAAGUGCCAAAUAUGAAAUGAAGCAAAAGGGAUGCAUUGUUGAGCUGGUUAUUCACAAAGCUACACCCCAAGAUGGCGGAAGAUACACAUGCGACAUUGGAGAUCAGCAUACCAGUGCUUCCUUGAAAAUUAAUGCCAUUCCAGUGCUUUUCAAACAAGGGCUUCAGAACAAAGAAGCUGAAGAGGGCAGCACCACCACUCUGCAUUGUGAGCUAACAAAGUCAAAUGUUUCUGUGGAGUGGAGAAAAGGAACUGUGGUACUUCAUUCCAGUGACAAAUAUAAAAUAAAAAAUAAAGGUCCUAUAAGUGAACUGUUAAUCUACAAUCUGAAACUGGAAGAUGCAGGAGAAUACACCUGUGUUUCAGCAGAUCAACAAACCACAGCCUCUCUUAAAGUGAAAGUACUUCCAGUGCUUUUCAAGAUAAAGCUUCAAAAUAAGGAAUGUAAAGAAGGGAAUGAUGUCACAUUACAAUGUGAGCUAACAAAGCCUGAUGCUUCUGUAAAAUGGAAGAAGGGGUCUCUGCUUAUUGAAUCCAGUGGAAAAUAUGAAAUUAAGCAAAAUGGUUCCAGGGUUGAGCUGAUCAUCCAUGAUUUAAAACUUGAAGAUGCAGGAGAAUAUGCUUGUGACUCUGGGGAUGAACAGACUACAGCGACCUUAAAUGUGAAAGCCUUGCCGGUACAUUUUAUAAAGGAGCUUAAGGAUAUGGAAGGCAAAGAAGGAAACACUGCCAGACUUUGUUGUGAGCUUACUAAGCCAGGUCAUUCAGUGAAAUGGAGAAAAGGAUCUAUACUGCUUCAUUCAAGCGACAAACAUGAAAUAAUACAAAAAGGUUCCACUGUUGAAUUGCUUAUUCACCUGCUAAAAGUUGAAGACUCUGGAGAAUAUACCUGUGAUACUGGUGACCAGAAGACAAAAAGCUGCUUAAAAGUAAUUGCCUUGCCGGUACUUUUCAAAAAAGAGCUUUGCAGUCAGGAGGUUGAAGAAAACUGCGCUGCUAAUCUACACUGUGAAGUCACCAAAUCGGAUGCCCCUGUCAAAUGGAAAAAGGGAUCCAGGUUGCUUCAUGCAAGUGACAAAUAUGAAAUGAAACAAAAAGGACCCUGUGUUGAGUUGGUUAUUCAUAGCAUAAAACUGGAAGAUGCAGGAGAAUAUACCUGUGAUUCUGGAGAUCAACAGACCACUGCCUCCUUAAAAGUGAAAGUCUUGCCGAUACUUUUCCAAAAAGAGCUUUGCAGUCAGGAAGUUGAGGAAAACGGCACUGCUACUCUACACUGUGAAGUCACCAAGUCGGAUGCCCCCGUCAAAUGGAAAAAGGGCUCCAGGCAGCUUCGUGCAAGUGACAAAUAUGAAAUGAAACAAAAAGGUGUCUGCCUUGAGUUGGUUCUUCACAGUGUAAAACUGGAGGAUGCUGGAGAAUAUACCUGUGAUUCUGGAGAUCAACAGACCACUGCCUCCUUAAAAGUGAAAGCCCUUCCUGUGAUUUUCAAAAAAGAGCUCCAGAAUAAAGAAGCUGAAGAGGAAAGUACUAUCACUUUGCACUGUGAAAUCUCAAAACCGGAUGCCCUUGUGAAAUGGAGAAAGGGAUCUGUGAUUCUUCAUAAAAGUGAGAAGUAUGAAAUUACGCAAAAGGGUUCCUGUGUGGAGCUACUUAUUCAUAAUCUAAAAGUUGAAGAUGCUGGAGAGUAUACCUGUGAUUCAGGCGAUCGGCAGACAUCUGGCUUUUUGAAAGUGAAGGUACUACCCGUACUUUUCAAAGAGGAGCUUCAGAAUGUGGAAGCUGAAGAGGAUAGUACUGCUACUCUUCACUGCCUGAUUAGUAAACCUGAUGCUCCAGUAAAAUGGAGGAGAGGAUCUCUGCUGCUUCAUCCAUGUAAAAAGUAUGAAAUAAAACAAAAGGAUCUCUAUGUUGAGCUGUUAAUUCGCAGCCUAAAGCUAGAGGAUGCUGGUGAAUAUUCCUGUGAUUCAGGGGACCAGCAAACUACAGCAUUCUUAAAAGUUAAAGCCCUUCCCGUGCUUUUCAAACAAGAGCUUCAGAACAUGGAGGCUGAAGAGGGUUCUACUGCUGUUCUGCACUGUGAGAUCACUAAACUGAAUGCCCAUGUGGAAUGGAAGAAAGGAUCUGUGGCACUUCAUUUAAACGAGAAAUAUGAAAUAAAACAAAAGGGUUCUUGUGUUGAGUUACUUAUUCAUAACUUAAAACUUGAAGAUGCUGGAAAAUAUACCUGUCUUACAAAGGAUCAAGAGACGAGUGCUUCUUUGAAAGUGACGGUACUACCCGUACUUUUCAAAGAGGAGCUUCAGAAUGUGGAAGCUGAAGAGGAUAGUACUGCUACUCUUCACUGCCUGAUUAGUAAACCUGAUGCUCCAGUAAAAUGGAGGAGAGGAUCUCUGCUGCUUCAUCCAUGUAAAAAGUAUGAAAUAAAACAAAAGGAUCUCUAUGUUGAGCUGUUAAUUCGCAGCCUAAAGCUAGAGGAUGCUGGUGAAUAUUCCUGUGAUUCAGGGGACCAGCAAACUACAGCAUUCUUAAAAGUUAAAGCCCUUCCCGUGCUUUUCAAACAAGAGCUUCAGAACAUGGAGGCUGAAGAGGGUUCUACUGCUGUUCUGCACUGUGAGAUCACUAAACUGAAUGCCCAUGUGGAAUGGAAGAAAGGAUCUGUGGCACUUCAUUUAAACGAGAAAUAUGAAAUAAAACAAAAGGGUUCCUGUGUUGAGUUACUUAUUCAUAACUUAAAACUUGAAGAUGCUGGAAAAUAUACCUGUCUUACAAAGGAUCAAGAGACGAGUGCUUCUUUGAAAGUGACGGUACUACCCGUACUUUUCAAAGAGGAGCUUCAGAAUGUGGAAGCUGAAGAGGAUAGUACUGCUACUCUUCACUGCCUGAUUAGUAAACCUGAUGCUCCAGUAAAAUGGAGGAGAGGAUCUCUGCUGCUUCAUCCAUGUAAAAAGUAUGAAAUAAAACAAAAGGAUCUCUAUGUUGAGCUGUUAAUUCGCAGCCUAAAGCUAGAGGAUGCUGGUGAAUAUUCCUGUGAUUCAGGGGACCAGCAAACUACAGCAUUCUUAAAAGUUAAAGCACUUCCUGUACUUUUCAACCAAGUGCUUCAGAAUGAAGAAGCUGAAGAGGAUAGCACUGCUAUUUUAUGUUGUGAGAUUACUAAACCUAAUGGAUCAGUGCAAUGGAGAAAGGGAUCUUUGGUAAUUCAUCCAAGUGACAAAUAUGAAAUGGUACAGAAAGGUUCUUGCCUUCAGUUGCACAUACAUAACCUAAAAUUAGAAGAUAUUGGUGAAUACAUCUGUGAUUCUGGGGAUCAACAGACUAUGGCCUCCUUAAAAGUGAAUGCACUGCCAUUACUUUUCAAACAAGAACUUAAGGAUGAGGAAGUUGAAGAGGGUGGCACUGCCACUCUUCACUGUGAGGUUAAUAAUCCUGAUGCACCUGUAAAAUGGAGAAAGGGAUCUUUGGUACUUCAUCCGAGUGAAAAGUAUGAAAUGAAACAAGAAGGAUCUAGUGUUAACUUGCUUAUUGAUAGCGUAAAGCCUGAAGAUGGUGGUGACUAUACCUGUUAUUCUGGAGAUCAACAAACCACAGCCUCUUUAACAGUGAAGGUUCUGCCUGUGCUUUUCAAACAAGAGCUUCAAAAUAUAGAAGCUGAAGAAAGUAGUUCUGUCAUUCUCUGCUGUGAGCUUACCAAACCUGAUGUUCUAGUGGAAUGGAGAAAAGGAUCAGUGGUACUUAAUCCAAGUGAAAAAUAUGAUAUGGUGCAAAAUGGUGCCUGUAUUGAAUUGAUUAUUCGCAAUCUCAAACCAGAAGACGAAGGAGUGUAUAUCUGUGAUUCGGGGGAUCAACAGACCACUGCAUUUUUAAAUGUGAAGGUCUUACCUGUGCUUUUUAAGCAAGAACUUGAGAAUACAGAAGCUGAUGAAGAUGGUGUUGCCAUUUUCUGCUGUGAGAUAACCAAACCUGGUGCCAAAGUGGAAUGGAGGAAAGGCACUGUGGCACUUCAUUCAAAUGAUAAGUAUGAAAUAAGACAUGAAGGUCCCUGUAUUCAGUUGUUUAUACGCAAUCUAAAACCAGAAGAUCAGGGAGAAUAUACCUGUGACUCAGGGGAUCAACAGACCACUGCGUUCCUACAAGUGAAUGCUUUACCGGUACUUUUUAAACAAGAGCUUCAGAAUGUGGAAGCUGAAGAAGGUAGUACGGCCAAACUAUGCUGUGAGCUUACUAAAGUUGAUGCUACAGUGGAAUGGCGAAAAGAAUCAGUGGCACUAGUACCAUGUGGAAAAUAUGAAAUGAAGCAGCUAGGACCCAUCAUUGAAUUGUUAAUCCAUGAUUUGGAACCCGAAGAUGCAGCUGACUACACUUGUGAUUCUGGAGAUAAACAAUCUACAGCUCAUUUAAAAGUGAAUGCCUUGCCAGUGCUAUUCAAAGAACAGCUGCGAAGUGAAGAAGCUGAAGAGGGUGAUCUAGUCACAUUUCAUUGUGAGCUUACGAAAUCAGGUGCACUGGUAAAAUGGAAAAAGGGAUCUAAAAUACUUCAUCCCAAUGACAAGUACGAAAUGAAACAAGUUGGUGCAAUUGUUGAAUUAUUCAUUCACAAUGUGAAUACAGAAGAUACUGGCAAAUAUACCUGUGAUUCUGGGGACCAGCAGACUGAUGGCUACUUGAAAGUUAAUGCCUUGCCAGUACUUUUCAAACGAUGGCUUAAAAAUGAGGAAGCCGAAGAAGGUCACUCUGUUAUACUGCACUGUGAGCUUACUAAACCCGAUGCCUCUGUGGAAUGGAGAAAGGGACCCGAGGUUCUUAAACCCGAUGACAAGUAUGAAAUGAACCAGAAAGGCCACAUUGUCGAAUUACUAGUUCACAAUCUGAAACUGGAAGAUACUGGGGAAUAUACUUGUGACUCUGGAGAUCAACAGACCACUGCUUCCUUAACUAUCAGAGAGCCAGAUGUAAAAAUUAUUGAUGGUUUGAAAAAUGUUGACGUGGUUGAAGGUGGAAGUGCUUUGUUUGAAUGUAAGCUAUCCCAUGACAAUGCACGAGGAGUUCAGUGGAUUUUGGAAGGAAUUGAACUGCAGAGUAAUGAGAUGAAUGAAAUUUCGGUGAAGAAUGGUAAUAUUCACACUAUUCUGUUGAGGAAAAUCACACAAGAUGACACUGGUACAUUGAUCUUUAAGGUUGGAAAGUACACGUCUUCAGCUCAGCUUAAUGUUAAAGCUACUCCAGCAACUUUCACUAAACAGCUUCAAAGUAUGGAAGUGGAUGAGAAUGAAACAGCAACUUUGGUCUGUGAACUCUCACAAUCCAAUGCUCCAGCUAUUUGGAAAAAGGGAUUAACAACAAUUGUUUCCAGUGACAAGUAUGAAAUAAAACAAGAAGGUUGUAUACAUAAGUUAUGCAUACAUAACGUAACAUCAAGCGACACGGGUGAAUAUACCUGUAUUUCUGGAGAUCAUCAAACCACAUCUUCCUUAACUGUGAAAGUAUCGGAAGUAAAAAUUAUUGAAGGCCUGAAGAAUGUAACAGUAUUUGCCAAUGAAAAUGCUGUGUUUGAAUGCAAAGUUCAUCCUGAAAGUUUUUCGGAUGUACAGUGGUUGUUGGGUGACACUCCUUUGCAGCAUAAUGAAAUGAAUGAAAUAUCUGUUAAACAUGGAAAUAUUCACGCUUUGAAACUGAAGAGUGUUACUCAGGAGGACAGUGGUACAGUUGUCAUUAAAGUUGGAAAACACAGUUCCUCUGCAGAACUUCUGGUUAAGGUUGCACCCGUGCAUUUUAUAAAGAAACUGCAAAGCCAGGAGGGUGAUGAAGGUAGUGUAAUAUCACUGCGCUGUGAACUGAGUAAAGCUGAUGCAUCAGUCACGUGGAAAAAAGGAUUCCAAAAACUUACCCAGAGUGCCAAAUAUCAACUAUUACAAGAUGGUUUUGUUGUUGAAUUAUUGAUCCACAAUCUAACGCCUGAAGAUGCUGGUGAAUAUACUUGUGAUUCUGGUGAUGACCAGACAAAAGCCAAACUAUCUGUGAAAGAACACGUAAAAAUUAUUCGUGGACUUGAAGAUAUCACAAUAAUCACACAAAAUGAUGUGAGAUUUGAAUGUGAGGUCUCUCAAGAAGAUACUAAAAAUGCACAGUGGUGGUUAAAUGGAAAGCUUCUUCAAAAUAUUGAAUACUGUGAAAUUAAAACUCAUGAUAAGAUACACACUUUGACAAUGAAAAAUGUCACACCAGAUCAUUCUGGAACUGUUACGUUCAAAGUUGGCCCUGAAAGUUCAACAGCCAAGCUGCUAGUGCAAAAGCCUAAAGUUGUUUUCAAACAAAAGCUCCAGGACAUACAAGCAAAGGAAGAAAGUACAGUUUUUCUUCAUUGUGAACUUUCUGAAUGUGAAGUGCCUGUAACAUGGAAGAAAGGCUCAGUAACAAUCAUACCUAGUAGGAAAUAUGAAGUGAGGCAACAAGGCCCGAUGGCUGACUUGGUGAUUUCUGACCUAACGUUGGAGGAUGCUGGAGAAUAUACAUGUGAAUCUGGAGAUCAGCAGACGAGUGCUUCCCUCAGAGUGGAAGCUUUACCUGCCUAUUUCAAACAAGAGCUACAGAAUAUGGAAGCAAUUGAAGGACACACAGUCACUCUCCACUGUGAACUUUCUAAGCCCAGUGAUCCAGUGGAAUGGAAAAAGAGACUUGCUGUGGUUCAUCCAAGUGACAAGUAUGAAAUGAGGCAAAUUGGUGUCAACGUUGAGAUGUUAAUCCACAAUGUGAAACCAGGGGAUGCUGGCAAAUAUACUUGUUAUUCUGGGAAUCAUCAGACAACAGCGUCCUUAAAUGUUACAGAACGUGAAAUAAAGAUAGUUUCUGGUUUAAAGAACACUGAUGUGUUUGCUGGUGAGUCGGCCACAUUUGAAUGUGAGCUCUCAGACAAGGAUGUGGAAAAUAGGCAGUGGUGGCUGGAUGGUUCACCCCUUCAGAAUAAUGAUCUGAAUGAAAUAACUGUUCAAAAUGGAAAUAUUCAUACAUUGACGCUACAGGGCCUCGGAACCGAUGACUCGGGAACAGUGACAUUUAAGGCGGGAACUCUUACUUCUUCAGCAAAGUUAUUAGUUAAAGAUCCAGCGGUUGAGGUAGUAAGCGAAAUGGAAGAUGUUACUAGAGAGGAAAAUGACACAGCAGAGUUUAUCUGUCAGUACUCCAGACCAGUCAAAGCUCUGUGGAGAAGAAAUGAGAAAGAGAUUUUGCCUGAUGGUCAUCACAUAAUUAUUGACCAAGACUGGAAUGUAGCAAAGCUGAAAAUCUGUGAACUCACCCCAGCGGACAGUGGGAUGUAUACUUGUGAAGCUGCUGGAACAAAGGUUGCUGCAGUGCUCAGUGUUCUAGCAAAGCACCCUGAUAUUCUUGAAGGACUAGAGAAUGUAGAUGCGGUGGAAGGUGGUGAAGCUCUGUUUGAAUGCUCCUUGUCCAGACCGGAGGUACAUUAUUAUAAGUGGCUGAAGGACGAUGUCCCCAUAACACAAACUGAAAACCAAGAAACAGCAGUCCUCGAAGCUGGAAGACGACAUAUCUUACUCCUAAAGAACUUAAUUCCAUCUGACAGUUGUCAAGUGAGCUUCGUGUCUGGAAAUGCCAUGUCCUCAGCAUAUCUAAAUGUUAACGGAUGGCAUAUUAGCAUUUUGAACACUUUGAGAGAUACUGAAGUGGUACAAGGAAAUUACGCGGAAUUUGAAUGUGUAUUGAGCGAAGUGGUCCCUAUUACUGAAGUGAGCUGGUAUCUGAAUGAAACUGAAAUCAAAACUAAUGAACAUUGGGAAACAAAGGCAGAGAGAAACGUUUACAAACUCAUUCUGAAAAAUGCCCAAUUUAUUCAUUCUGGAGAAAUAACAUUUGCUUCAAAAGAUGUCAUUGCUUCAGCAAAAUUAGCUAUUCUUGGUCCUCCUGAUCCUCCUGAAGAUCCAGAGAUUGCCAGAAAGAAUCACCAGUCAGUCACCUUGUCUUGGUUUCCACCACUCAGUGAUGGCGGCAGUGUUAUACAAGGCUAUCAUGUUGAGAUGAAACCUCAUGACAGUGACUGCUGGUUGCAAUGUAACACAAAAGCAAUUGAAGAGACAGAGUUCACUGUUGAUAAUCUGGUACCAGGCACUGGAUACAGAUUCCGUGUUUCGGCUCUGAAUUGUGUUGGUGCUGGUGAACCUGUUCAUUUGCCACAGACAGUUUUGCUGGAGGUUCCUGUGACUGUCACCAUUCCUCUCACUAACAUUACUGCAACAGAUGGGGAAUCUGUCAAGCUAGAAUGUGAAUUUUCCAGUGAAUGCAUUAAUGUUAAGUGGUUAAAAAAUGAUCAACCCAUUGAAAUAAGCAGCAAGAAUGAUAUAAUUUCUGGAGGAACAAAACACUAUUUGGUUAUUCACAAUUGCAGUGCUGAGGAUGAAGGGAGAUAUACCUGUAUGGUGUCCUCAGCAACAAAAACAUCUGCUGAAGUCAUUUUGGAUGAUAGAAUAAAGCCCGUUCCGGACCAAGAUUGGGAAAGUCUACAGGAGUCUGACAAAAUUACUGUUGAACUAGCAGAUGGGGAGCAAGUUUCUCCCAAACCAAGCUUGCCUCCUGAAGCAGCACAGGAAGGUGAUUUGCAUCUUCUAUGGGAAGCCUUGGCGAAGAAACGAAGAAUGAGCCGUGAACCAACUCUUGAUUCUAUCUGUGAAGUACCAGAAGACGAUGACAAGGCUCUGAAACAACGGCUGCAGAAAGGUUUGGAAAUUGAAGAUUUAUCCACAGAUGACAUGUCCAAAGCAUGUGAUUCUUGUACAAGUUCUGAUGAAGAAUCAAGAUCUGGUACUCCAUCCCUUGUUCAUUACUUGAAAACAGCAGGGAAAUCAACCGUAACAAUAGCUGGAAAAGCACAAACAAUUUCCACAAGCAAAUUCUUUAAACACUGGGAAUCUACAAGCACUGAGCCAGAGAAAUUACCAGAUGAACCCAUGUUGGAACUAGACCCGUCUCUUGCUGAAGCUGCUACAAAAAUCCAGGCCGCAUUUAAAGGUUAUAAAGCCAGGAAAGAUCUGAAACAGCAAGGCACACCUGUGUUUGGAGACGUUUUUAAAUCACAGGCUACUAUGCUAGGCCAAACUGUCCACCUUGAGUGUGUGGCCCUGAGUAAAUCCGAAGUCAAGGUUCGAUGGCUCAAAGAUGGAGAAGAGAUUGUUGAUGGAAGACAUUAUCAUAUUGAUAAUUACAGUGAUGGAACUUGCUCCUUAAUUAUUACAGGCAUGGAAGAAAAAGACUCUGGAACUUAUACUUGCGAUGCUUCCAACAAAUGUGGCACAACUUCUCACCGUGGAAAAGUUACAGUUGCAAGUGAUGCAAAGAAAACAGUUCAGAAACUCAAACGAGGCAUUGGUAUAAAGUACAGCACUGACAGUGAGCCAGAAAGUUCUUCAGGAAGUGAAGUUGAUGAUGCUUUCCGCAGAGCAGGUAAACGACUUCACAGACUUUUGUAUUCAAAACUUUCCUUUGAAAUUUCUGAUGUGGAUGAAGAAUUUUUUUUUAGUGCUGAUGAAGGAGAUGAAGAAAUCUUGGACAAACAGACCUACCAUGAGGAUGAAAAUUACAUUUAUAUUAAGUUUAAUACCUUGACUGAGGCAGAAAUGGCUGCAGCCAGAUUUAAGGAAAUAUUUAUCGGUCAGGGAAUUACUGUUCACAUUGAUAUUUGCCAGGAUAAUAGUAGGGUUGAAAUACGGAUUAAGAAGGUUUCGCGACCCCUUGGUGCAUUUGGAGAAGACCAUAUCCCCACACUAGAGGGACUACGAGUUGAAUCUGCACCUCAUGUUGUCUCUGAGCUCCAGAACCAGGAUGUUCAAGAAGGCUAUCCUGUUAGUUUUGAUUGUAUGGUAAUUGGAUGUCCACCACCAGUGGUUCAAUGGUUUAAGGAUGGAAAGCUGAUUGAGGAGAAUGACCACUACAUGAUCAAUGAAGAUCAGGAUGGGUGUCACCAACUUAUUUUAACAUCUGUAGUUCUGAGUGAUAUGGGAGUAUAUAGAUGUGUGGCAGAAAACUACAUUGGCGUUGCAUCAACAAAGGCUGAACUAAGAGUCGAUGUUAUCAGUUCAGACUAUGAUACAGCAGAAGCCACUGAAACAUCUUCCUAUGUCAGUGCACAAGCUUCUCUCACGCGUGAGCAGAAUUUGGAGGGUAUGGAAUCACAGGCUGAAGAAGAACAGCUACCUCAGAUUGUAGACGAACUUCAUGAUACCUUUGUUACCGUUGGAGCUCCAAUAAUAACAUUGCAAAUUAAAGUUAAAGGUUACCCAAUCCCUCGUGUAUAUUGGUUUCAAAAUGGAAUACCUUUGCGUGCUACAGAUGAAAUUCUGAUGAUUGAUGAGAAAGGAGAUCAUUCACUGGAAAUUCUCAAUGUUACAAAAGAGACUGGUGGUGAAUAUGCAGCAUACAUCAGCAAUUCAGCAGGCUCAGCCUACACAUCUGCUAUUGUACAUGUUCAAAGCCCAGGUGAAGAAUUUGGUAAAUGUGAGCUUGAAGAAAAAUCAACAGGAAAACCAGAGAAGCUGAUUCCGCCAAGGUUUCUGGAGCGCUUCACAAGUAGGAGCGUAAGGAAAGGAGCAAGCAUUACCUUAACUGUCAGAGUGGAAGGAUCUCCAAUGCCUGAUAUAACAUGGCUUAAAGAAGAGUCAAUUGAAGAUGUCAUCUGGAUUAAACAAAAUACACCGGGUUAUACAUUAGCUAGCUCAAAUAUGCAGCAUAGUUUAAUCCUGUUGGAUGUUGGGCAGGAGUACUCUGGAACCUAUACCUGUAUUGCUACAAACAAAGCUGGCCAAUCUAUUUGUUCUGCUCACUUGUGUGUUGUUGAUGUUUCAACAGAAGAAAUCCCAAGUGUGAAAGAAGCUUUAAUGGAAACAUUCCUCCACGGACAAGAACCUGAUCAUAAAGCAUUCGAGAAAAAACAGAAAGAAAUUCUGACGGAAGAUAUCAGAAGAGAAGUUACUGCAACCACAGCCUUGCCUCAGUUUUUGCUAGCUGAUGUUGGAACAGAAGAAUUCCUACAAAAAUUAACAUCUCAGAUCACACAAAUCGUCUCUGCAAAAAUCACUCAAGCUUCAUUACGUGUUCCAGGAGCGGAAAGUGAUGAGGAAGGCAAAACUCCAUCUCCAUCUCCACGUCAUGGUAGAUCCAGGCCCUCAUCAAUUGUCAACGAAUCCUCCUCCGAAUCUGACGAUGCAGAAACCAGAGGCGAGAUUUUUGACAUUUACAUGGCUACAGCAGACUACAGUCCACUGCCAACAGAAAAAGAGUCCAUUCACCUUAAAGAACGGCAAUAUGUGGAAGUUCUCGACUCUGCACAUCCACUCAAAUGGCUGGUUAGGACAAAGCCUACGAAAUCCACACCAGCCAGGCAGGGCUGGGUUUCUCCUGCCUACCUGGACAAAAGAUUAAAGUUCACAGCUGAGCUAUCUCUGGAAAGUUCAGAAUUCUUGGGAGAGAUUGAAUCGGAAGAUGAGUACAGGAGAAGGUUUUACCUCCUGAUUCAAGAUCUGAUUGAAACUGAAAAAGAGUUCACAAGGCAUUUACAAUUCUUUCUUGACCAUUAUAUAAAACAUACUGAAACAGCAGCUAACAUACCAUCUUCAGUAGUGAAUGGCAAACAAGCAAUUUUCCGAAACAUUUAUGAAAUUUCUGAUUUCCACAUCAGCACCUUCCUGAAGAACCUUAUGAAAUGUCAGACAGAUGAUGACCUUGCGUUAUGUUUCAUCAAUAACAGUGAUGGAUUUGAUAAAUAUUUGCAAUAUCUGGUUGGAAAUGUUCAGGCUGAAAUUCUUCUCACAAAUCCAAUGGUCCAGGAUUUUUAUAAUAAAUAUACAGAUGAAGUGGCUGCGACACAGGACCAAACAGAGUCUCCAAUUCUACCUAUACAUGCUUAUUUAGAGAAACCUUCUAAUAGACUUUUGAAGUACCAAGGUGUUCUGAAGGAGCUAAUUCGCAACAAAGCGAGAAGCAAUAAAAACUGUGUUUUGUUAGAAGAAGCAUAUGCUGUAGUAUCUGCUCUUCCUAAGCAAGCUGAUAACAACCUACAUGUUUCAAUGAUCGAGAACUAUCCAGGGACUUUGGAAUCUCUUGGUGACCCAAUCAGACAGGGGCAUUUCCUGGUAUGGGAGGGAGCUCCAGGUGCAAAACUAUCAUGGAAAGGUCACAAGCGUAUUAUUUUUCUCUUCAAAAACCAUUUACUGGUCUGCAAAUCAAGAAGGGACAGCAGAACAGAUUCACAAUGUUAUGCCUUUAAAAACCUGAUGAAGCUCACAAACAUUGAUGUAAAUGACUUUGUGGAAGGUGAUGAACGAUCCUUUGAAAUUUGGCAUGAAAGAGAAGACUCUGUGCGUAAAUAUACUCUCCAAGCACGAACUGUGAACAUAAAGAUAUCAUGGUUAAAAGACAUUAGUGGCAUACAGCAGCGCUUCAGUAUUCCUGCGUGGAAUCCUCCAGAAUUCGUGGAGAAACUAGCAGAUUUUACUGCUAAACUGGGACAAACAGUGAAACUAGCAUGUCUGGUCAUUGGAAAUCCUAAGCCAAUUAUCACAUGGUACAAAGAUGGAAAACUCGUGGAGAUUGACCGACAUCACAUUAUUAUCGAGGAUGAAGAUGGUUCCUGCACAUUGAUCUUGGACACGCUAAAUGCUGCUGAUUCCGGUCAAUACAUGUGUUAUGCAGCCAGUGCUGCUGGGCAUGCCAAUACACUUGGAAAGAUUAUUGUUCAAGUGCCUCCAAGGUUUGUAAGCCAUCUUAGAAACAUUCCGUUUGUAGAGAAUGAAGAUACACAGUUUGCAUGCACUAUUGAAGCUGCACCGGCUCCUCAGAUAAGAUGGAGUACUGGUGGCUCACCACUAACAAAUAAAGCGAAGUACCAGACUUUCUUUGACUCACAGUUUGGAGUUGCGAUGCUAGCCAUCAAAAACACAGAAAAAAAUGACCUUGGAGUCUAUGAAUGUGAAAUUACAAACAAACUGGGCACAGCCAAAGAUGUUGCAGAGUUGUAUCUUCAGGUUCCUGUUGUAAUACCAGAAAAGAAAGAUAAUCAAAUUGUCAUGAUUGAAGAAAGUGUUUCUAACAUAGCAAUGGAAGGUCUUGAAGUUGGAGUCAGAAGGGUGACUGAAAUACGAACACCAAGUUUAGGGUACAGGAUCCAAAGAAGCAGAGCUAAAAAAGAAAGUCAAGAAGCACAUUGGUCAGAGUUCAGAAGUGCAAGUAUAAAUCAUAAACCAAAGAGAAAAUCUGUAACAUUCUCAAAUGUCGUCUCAAACGAUAAAAGUAAAACAUCUCCAUCAGCUGAAAUAUAUAGUUUGCACAUGGGCAAUGGAAGAGACGGUGAAGAGAAGGACAAACCUGCCUGUUCAAAUAAAGAAGAAACAAUAGUGAUCUCAGAAAUGAAAGAAGCUGUUCAAUUUCCGACUGGACAUGAAAACCAAGAAGUGGAGAUCACUUUAAAUAAAUGUGCAGAUUCUCUGCUGGCAUGCGUGGCUGUGCCACAAGAUAAUUGGGAAGUGACAGAGAGAUUUCAUUUUGCAGAACAGAUGAAGCCAAUUGAACUUGAUAAACCUAUUAAAUCAGAUACCCCAGACUUUCAAACCAUUUGGGACCAAGGCAGCACUGCUGAUAUUCAGACCAAGCCUCUGAAAGAUCUGCAGAAUGAGAACAUUCAAAAUGUUACCAUGAAGAGACUACGUGAAAUACGGUUCAGCCCAACCACUUUCAAGCGAAGAAAUCUUUCAGCUAGUGAUCUAUCAGAGCAACAUUUUUUUACAAGACUUGUAAGUAAGGGAGCUGAAUGCAGGGCUGAAGAAAUCCCCAUGUUGCCUGAUAAUCAAAGGCACAAACUACACAUGGAGCUACACGAGAGCUACCGCAUUGAUUUGACCACACAAGAGAAUGCAGAAACAAGAGACAAGAAAGAAUGCUCCAAAGAGAAGGUGGAAGAGAGAAGAAAACUGCAUUACCAUUAUGAAGUUAAAGAGGAAAUUGGAAGAGGUUCGUAUAGCUGUGUGAAGAGAGUUGUGAAUAAACAGAAUGGAACACAUUGUGCAGCUAAAUAUGUUACACUCGGAAGAGGUAUCAAGGCUUAUGAAGAGCUGGCCAUUUUAUGCAAACUUAACCAUUCAAAGAUUGCCUGCCUUCUUAACAAGUUUGAAACUAAAAGAACGCUUGUGUUAGUGCUGGAAAUGUGUUCAAACGAAGGAUUGCUGGAUCACUUGUUGAAAAAGAACAUUGUUGCAGAAGCUAAGGUUAGGAACUAUAUCCAGCAGAUUUUGGAAGGAGUCCAUUAUCUCCACAACAACAAUAUUCUUCAUCUUGAUAUAGAACCUGCUAACAUUCUCAUGGUGCAUCCAGAAAGAGACGAUAUCAAGAUUUGUGAUUUUGGAUUUGCGCAAGAACUCUUACGAGACAAGCUGCAGUUUAGCGAAUAUGGCUGCCCAGAAUUUGUGGCCCCAGAAAUUGUUUCCCAGGAUCCAAUUUCAACAGCCACUGACAUAUGGUCAAUUGGGGUGAUCACAUUUCUGUGUUUAACAGGUAAUUGUCCAUUUUCUGGUGAAAAUGACAAAAGUACACUCUUAAAUGUGAAAGAAGGAUGCUUCUCAUGGAAUGAGCAUGAUUUGGAUUGUACAACCGAAAAUGCUCGAAGUUUUGUAAGGAGAAUAAUUACAUUAAUUCCAAAGGAUAGGCCAACAGCAUCUGAAUGUUUGAAUGAUCAGUGGUUUCAGGAGGAACAAAAGGUUCAACAGUUUUGUACAAUUAAUACAAAGAGAUUGAAAUUUUAUUUAUCAAGGAACAAGUGGCAGCGCGCCCUUAUGUGUUAUAAAUCAAUACUUGUAAAGAGGUCAAUUCCUCAACUCUUCGAUGAGCCGUCAAAAAUUCAUUCGCUUGGCAUGCCUCGACAUUUGCGUAAGCAAAGCAGCUCAACAACAUCUAGUGCCUCCUCUUCUGAUUUUGAAGACUGUGGCCAGCAGACAGAAUCAAGUUCAUAUCAUGCUUCAAUUAUCAGCCAAAGGCCUGCUCCUUUCCCAACAGACAUAUUAGAUUUAGCUGCCAGUGAGCACAGGAGCCAUAGGUCAGUGUUAACUGGAAGCAUUGCUGUGGAGAAACAAGCAGAUGUAAGAGAUCAAACAUGUGGAAAAUCUGAUGAUGUGAAAGCCCAGUGUAACUCUCCUGAAAUAUUCGAAGACCUGAAUUUAAGUACCGAAAGGAUAAAAUACUCUAUUGUUAAAGCAGCUUCUGUAGAGAUAUCAGACUUUUCAAAAAUGAAAAUGGUAGUAACUCAUAAAUUAACACGAUCCAUUUCAGCUGAUAGUGUCCUCACACCUCAAGUAUUAACAAAAGACACUGUACUAGAAUCAAACUCCAAACCACCAUCCAGACUUUUGCCUAGGCAUUGUCUUAUAGGAAGGAAAAGUGUAAUACGCCAACCACUUUUGGAUUACUUUCCGAUGGCUGCACAGGAAAGAACAGCUAAAGAUAAACGAUUUGAUGAAAGCUUAAGCCACAGCUCUAAAGAAGUUUAUAAAACAGCUUAUUGCGAUAAUGUGCAUAGAGCAGUUUGUGUUCCGAAGGAAAAGUUAAGGAAAAGCAAGUCAUUGGAUGAAUAUGGAACAGAGUCUGUAGUUCAGACUACAAGAGAAUCUGCAAGUGAAUUAAUUAAUUCAUAUUUCCAAAGUUCAGAUCUACAUUACAAUGCAAAAGCUACUGGUAAGCCUAUGGUAACCCUGCCUUUUUCCAUCGAUGAGCAAGUGUUAGAUACUCAGAAGUCAGCACUGAGUGACACAAUAUGCUUAUCUGAAGGGGUCACUUUCUAUACAGAUGUUUCACAAUGUCCCACAAAAGGAACUUCCUCUGAAAUGGACCAGACUUUACAAACUUUAGAGUCAUUAGAAAAAGAGCAGAGCAUGGACACGGAAGACAAAGCCGAUGCUACUGACAUUAAACAUUACAAUUCGAAAGGAAACUUGAGUGCAUUAGCUUCCCUCCAGCAUUCAUUAGAUCUACAAAACAAGCAUCAUGAAUUGUCACAAUCAAUUCAGGAUACAGAGACUUCAUGCAACUCUAAACUUUCAGAAUUGAAGUCCAAUACAGAGAAAGUGCGGAAUGAUGAAGAGCCUAUCAAUUCGCAAUCAAAUGUUUCAGGAAUAAGUUCCUUCGACAGUAAAGUUUCCACAGAUUCUGAGUUGCAUAGUGAAAUAUUUUCUGCUGCCUCAGUUGAUGCAGCUGAACCUCAGACUCAGAGUUCAAGUAAAAAUGUCAGCUCUUUAUAUUAUGAUGCAGCAGAACCAGAUGCAAAUUAUUUUGAUUUGUCAGAACCAAAUAACAGUUGUGAACUCCAUUAUGAGCAUGGACCCUCGUGUUUGACUCAAGAAUUUAAAGAGAAAAGCGCAUCUCAAGUCAAAUCUUUGCCUGAGCCAUGCACAUCUGAAGAACCGUCUUCUUCAAGGGAAACUGAUGUCAGCAAGGAUAAUCCCCCACGAGGAAAAUCAAAUCGGACAUCAACCACCUCAUAUGAAUUAUUGUGCAAUGAGACUGAACCAGUAAGUGAGAGCUUGUGUGGUUUGAGUGCAGCUGAAUGGGAGUCAGUCGAAUUACUUGAAGGUAGUGAAGAGGAUGAGAUCAUGUCUGAGAUUGAAGGAGAAUCAAAAAGCAAAAAAAAAUCGAAAAGAAUUUCACUGGAAAAUAAAAUAUAUCAAAGCUUUGAAAGUCUAAAAAAAGCUUUCAAAGGUCAACAAGAUGCAAGAGCUCCAAUUUCUUCAAGUGAAACAAGUCUGAUUGUUGGUGAAAGCUGCAAUGAUCCAGGUUUGAAGUCUACAUCAAAAACAUUUGGCAGGUCUGGUCUCUUAAAAUUACUGAAUAGAUCUGCUUCACUAAAUUGGGAUAAAGAUUUUCAAGAUGGAGACGGUAGAGGAAGUCGGCAUUCUUUAUCUGCAUUUCUUGGGGGAGGAAAGAGUCAGACAUUGCCUGCUCACUUCUCCUGGCAAUCUUUGAAAAGCAAGGAUUCAGCAGAGAGACCGGAAUUAAGAAAGAAACAACAGCAAUUAAGCAAGGUUCAGAGAAGAGCAAGCUCAUGUGGAAUGGAGUCAGCUGACAACCAGUACAUGGAGUUUAUGAAAGCGCCAUUAAUACCUUCCUUUACCCAACACCACACUGAUUCGGAUAAACAGAAAGCAAGCAUGUGUUCUACGGACUCUAGUGACAAUGCCACUGGUUCCUUUAAGAUAAAAUCCAGACUGUUUUCUUUCAAGAUUCCUGGUUCAAAAUCAAAGGAGAAAGUGCCAUCAUUUCUCGAAGAGCUCCAAGACCAGUCAGUUGUCUUGAGUCAGACUGUGACCCUGUCUUGCAGAACUUCAGGUUAUCCAAAUCCUAAAAUACACUGGUUCAAAGACAACCAACUGAUGUGCGGCAGCAACCGAAUAUUGUCAUCAACCACAAGCACAAAAUGCCAGCUAUUAACUAUUCUAAAUGUGGGUGAGGAGGAUCUCGGUAGUUAUAAGUGCGUGGCAGAAAACCACUUAGGCAAAACUUCAACUUGCUGCUUACUGAAUCUUGCAGAUUUACCUUGUUGCCCCGAUUCCCCUGAAGUAGUGCAAGUAUUUGAAGAUGGUGCUUUAGUGAUAUGGAAACCAUUUGUGAGCAGCAUGCCAGUAACGUAUGUUAUUGAGUGUCAGAAAAAAGGUGAAGUCUGGAAAACCAUUGCAUCCGAUCUUUCUGAAAAUUGCUUUAAUCCCAGUAAUCUGAGCAGGGGAGAAGCCUAUUUGUACAGAAUUGCAUAUGUCAACAAAGCUGGGAAAGGACCAUUUAGUCACCCAUCUGCAGAAAUUAUCAUUGGGGAGACAGAAAUACAAUCGCACAGUCUGCAUGGUGAGAUGUCAGCAUCAUUGCAAGAGACAUACACAUUUUUAGCAGAGAUAAGCAGAGGGCGAUUCAGCAUCAUAAAGAAAUGUGUGGAAAACUCCACCGGAAAAUCACUUGCAUCUAAAAUCACUCCAUACAGGAAGAUAAAGAAGCCAUUUGUCCUAAAAGAGUAUGAAACCCUGAAACAGCUCCAUCACAGCAACAUUGUGCAGCUUCAUGGUGCCUAUAUUACGCCCAAAUACUUGGUUCUGAUCCAAGAACUCUGCCGAGGCAAAGAGCUUCUUCACUAUUUGGCUCAGAGAUCCUGUUACAGUGAGCACCAUGUAGUAGAGUUACUGGCACAGAUACUCAGUGCUGUUGAAUAUCUUCAUCUUAAUCAGAUUCUUCACUUGGAUCUGAGAUCAGAGAACAUGAUCAUUGUGGAGCAUAAUAUAUUGAAGCUGCUGGAUUUUGGCAACACUGAGAUUCACAUGCCUGGCCGACCAGUGCUGGUGGAAAAGUGCAGAGACUUUGUGGAGAACAUGGCUCCGGAAAUCCUUGAAGGGAAGGCAGUUGUUCCAGAGACAGAUAUCUGGGCUAUUGGUGUGGUGACCUUUACAAUGCUGAGUGGAGAUUGUCCUUUUAGGUCUGAUAAAGAUUGUGACAAGGAAAAGAAUAUUCGGAAAGGGAAAAUCAAGUACGGGAGAUGCUAUGCUGGUCUUUCUCAAGGGGCAGUUUCAUUUCUGAAAAACACGUUAUGCCUUAAUCCAGGUGGAAGGAUGUGCGCCUCGGAAUGUCAGUCAUUUCCAUGGUUCCAGGAGGAGACAAAGAUGAAGUUAACCAGUUCCACGGUGUCCUUUCAAACAGCAAAGCUCCGGAAUUUCCUAAAGCAACGGGAAAAGCAAAGGAUGCUGCUGUGUACAAAACACGAAGUGCUAAUAGUUCAGUGACAAGAAGAAAUGAAGAUAAAUAAGUACCUAUCUAAAAGCCUCUUAAAUGUGUUGUAGCUGUUCCAAUUUACAAAUGGUAAAUAAGAUGUGUGCCAAGGUUUUUUGAUGUUAUCUACACAAUUGCAUGGAAACAUGUAACACAUUGGUUUGACAAGAUAUAAUUGGUUUAUUUCCCCUGUUUCCUCCCCACACACCCUCACUGCCAUAUUAUACUGAACCUUUUGCAUAAAGCAAGGGACAAAGGCCAGGGUUGGAUUUCAGGAGGGUUAAAUUCUGUUGCGGUAAUUGUUAGAGAUAUACUUGCUUCGUGAAAUAUUUGGAUAUAUAGUCUUGAAAAUGCAUGGUUGUCCAUAAAGCCAUCAAGCAUUAGAGUGUUACAUAGCAACAAGCAUUUAUGAAGUCAAUAUUCACUGCAAAUAUCCAUACCAUUCCUGCUGCAAUCACAGUUGACGAUUCACUUGUUUAAAGUUACUCUUGAAUCCAUCUUUUCAACAUACCCUGGCAAUUACAAUCUUAGAUGUACUAUAAGUGAUUCAUUAUAUCACAUUGGCAUUUCUGAAUACCAUAAGGCUUCAUAGAAGUCUACAUAACUAUUAGAAUGUCAUGAUUUUUGCAGUCAUGGGCAGAGUGAUUUAUUUUGUAUUUAACUUAUUUGUGCUUUUGUUUGUUUUACAAAGGUCAGCUUUUUCAAGGAAGGCCUAAUAUUUGAAAAUAAAAUUUCCUAAGCAGAGAUGCUACAGGGAUCAAUUACUCCUACAUCCGUUAAUCUGCAUGCAUCUGCGAAUAUUGUGAGUGUGAGUGUUUUUAUUCUUUUAAUAAAGUUUUGCAGUCCAGAAGGCAUCCCAAAACUGCAGCACAUUCAA